GCCAGUGCUUGGACGGCCACCUGGCGUGAGACGUUUGCUCCUGGAACGAAGCCCGCGUUGGGGUGAAGGAGGGGAAAUCCCUGUCGAAAGACAGGCCACGCCCACACAGACAGAUCCAGGUCUUAUUCCCGGGCCCUGGGCAAGUACGCAAGUCGCCUGGGAGGGGCCUGCACCCCGGAGAGGAAGAGGGCGGGAGGAGGGCCGGGCAGAGCGGGAAGUCCAGCUGGGUGCAGGUCAGAGAUGGGAGGGAUGCGGCCACGAGCGCAGGGCACCUGGGGCCGCCGGGAGCUGGAAGAGGCGGGAAGGAUCCUCCCCCGGAGCCUCCGGAAGGAGCGUGGCCCUGCACACGCCUUGACUUCAGACUUCGGGCUUCCAGAAUGGUGAGGAAACUGAGGCCCAGAUUGCUGUGUGCAGAGUUGGAGGUCAUUCACCCACACAACGACUUUAAAGCCAGGCUCUGAACCACUGCCCCUGCGCCCAGGAGACUCUGCGGGAUGGGUGGAGCCUCCCAGGCUGGCUUCUGCCUGGGCUCAGCCAGAAGGAGCCUUGGGUGGGAGACUGUGUGUCCAUCACCCUGGAUAGGAACCCAUGGCCCUCAGCACCUCCUGCAAGACCUGGUGUGGGUGUUGCAAGUGGGGCUCGAGGGACUGGGAGGGAGUCACUCCACAUCCAACUCUGCCUUCUUGGAGGAAAAUUCCACAACUUACCCCAACUGCAAAGCACUCUUGCCUGACACCUGGGCUGGAGACCCCAGUGCCAGAGAAAUCUUCUCUGCCCCCCUCACCACUACCGCCACCUCCGUCCCCACUUUCACUCUCAGGGUGUUGAUGAUGGUGGUGGAGACGAGGAGGAGGAGGAAGAGGAGGAGGAAAAUGGUGAAACAGGUGAUGCAAAAGACGAGGGUCGCCGUGUACACCCACACAGGUUGUACACUGCACAACUUCGGGAGCCGCCAACCUUCAGCACUUAGGCUUUCCAGCCUGUACCUGGAGUGACAAUUUUCAGCCCAAAUCUCUAAAGGUCGGCUCGGGUCAGGUUAAUCAUCAGUUCUCUGGAACCACCUGAAACAAGACUUAAAGAGUAACCUGGACAAGCAGAUAAGGAAAUCCAGGGCCCACAGAUACCUGCGGAGACAGGCAGGAACCAGGUGAGCAAAGCGUACGGUGGCAGGGACUAGGGAGUGCUGAGGAUUGCAGCAGAGGGAAGCCCGGGCUCUGCCUGAAGGGGUUCAAAUGCCUUGACCUCCCACCUGCCAAGACAGUGAGCCCACGGCAGAAUUCAGGUCAAGUUCAGAAUCUUUGAAAUAGAGACACUGUGCCUUAAGCAAGGAUGGAGUCUUAUGUGUCCCACAGAGAGCCCAGCAGAGCAGGUGCUCGGUAAUAACACUGACCUGGGUUAACCUGAGACUCGAGACCUCGUGUGAUCUCUGAAGGACCAGAAAAUAGGGCUUCUGCGUACGAGUCCAGAGAGUUAUAAGCACAACAGCUGGUGCGUAUCGAGUCCUGUCUACACUCCAGGACUCGUAAACGCUGUCGGAGAGACAUCUCCUGCUUACACAUACGUGUGAGCUCCUCUCACUUCCCAGCCCCCUCGUGCUUCGGGGACCCAUGUGGCUGAUCUGCCACGUGUCACUUCAGGGCCACCGCACGACGGGUUGGGGCCUUCCGUCCCGGCUCCCUCUUACACGGCUCGGGCCACUGACACCGUCCUGGACAGUAGACUCUGCAGCGGCCUGGGUCCCUGAAUGACCGCGUGAAGCAGGAAUA